AUGGAGCCGAUACGGCCAGCGCAGCGGCUGGAGCGCCCGCCCCUGCCGCCCCUCUCGCCACAGCGACACGACGGUAUCGAUGAGGAGGACGAGGAAGACGAGUCGGACGUGUCGACCGAGCUCGAGAGUGAAGUGCUGAGCCAGCACUUCAAGAGCCUUCCCUGGCCCUUUCCCGCGGUGAACGUGCCGCUGGGCAUCUCGCCGAGUGCGUCGAUGCGACGCGGCGUAUCGCCCUUGGCGAGUGAUCAGCAAACGUGCAUGUCUGGCUCGUCCUUGACGGCGUGGUCUGGCGCGCAGGUCAUCUGCGGCGGUGGCGCCGGUGCGGCCUGGGCGUCAGGGCUCGGCCUCAACAAGUUUGACAAGCUGCGCGUGUCGCCCCGCAGCGGCGCCGGCGGGGCCUCGCCACGCGCCGGUGCCGGUGCAGCCGGCAAAGGCCUGGCCACCCCCACGGCUGUGGCGCGCCCUGUGACAACUACCACAAGCGAAACUACCGCCCCCAUUGCAACGGUAACAUUGUCGAAGUCCGAGCUGACGUCUGAAAAUUUGGACCGGCUGCGUGAGACUCGAGCCAUGUCGGAUGCGCUGCCGGUAGCGCACUGGAAAGCGAGUACACAGACGGCAAGGGUGUCUCCGCCGGCGGUCAUCGCGGUCAGCCGAGCGCGUAGUGACUGCGCUGCUGGGGCGGGUGGCACACGAAUGACGCGCGCGGCGGCACUGCUGAAGCAGCAGCCAGUGCUAGCACGGCAGCCGAGACAGCGCAGCGCCAAUAGUGGCGGUGCUCGUGCGAUAGCCGAUGUACCAGCACGCGCAUCACCGACGGCGACGGCGGCGAAGUGCGACAACGGUCUCAAUACAAGCGGGGACGGGCCACGGGAGGGGCAGGGCGCCACUGUAGGGGGAACGCCCACAACGAGCUCGACCUCGCCUCUCGCUGUGGCACAGGGCGGCGAGCACAGCCACCUUGACGAACCCACUACAUUGCGUGCGGAGGAAAAGAACGACAACAACGGAUGUCGCGGAGCCACGAGCGGCGCUGGAGCGGCCGUCGCAACGGACACUCAGCUUCCUCCCGCCGCCUCGCCACUAGCGAGGGCGUCGUCCCCACGCAUAUCGCAUACUAGGAGGAAGAGGGAUAAUGUCCCCUCGCCGCUGAAGCGCCAGCGCCUCGCCUCUGCGAAGAAUCGCUAUCAGGGUCAGAUCUUGCUGCUCGAGGACUGCACGGAGACCAGUGGUGACGCAACAAGCCCGUGGCCAGUACGACAGCGAGCGCCGAGGUCUGUCACACCGGCUGGUGCGACCAACGCCGGUGCUCACACUUGCGCUACUAGCAGCGUUGUGCCUGCGACUCGUGCGACUUUAUCGACGUCAUCGGACACUAAGAAGAGCGUGCCGGGAACGAUAUCACCAUGCAUGACAAGUGGGCGCGGUGUCCAGGUUGCACGGCGCAUCUCUGUCACGGCGCCGGCCGCUCACAGCGGGAUGCUGUCGCCUCCAAGUAUUUCUCCGUUUGAGAAGGAAGCCGGCCAAGAGAGCAGUGAGGCGGUGCGCGGGACGAACCAUCUGCCCUCGUUUGGCCUUUCCAAGGAGGAGAAUGACCAGGCUGCCGCUGAUAUCGACGACUCGCGGGCUAGCUGUAGCACGCACACAAUGUCGCCGGAGAAUGCGCGGCAACACGUUGUGCACCCACCGAGGUCGCCGCAGACCUGCCCGGGUGUUCCCACACCCAUCUCAGAGAAAGCGGGUCGUGACGGGCACGGAGCAGACCUCAGGAGUGUUGAUCAGCGCGAAGACGAGGCUGAAGAGCGUGAGAAAAGAGGUGACGGUGCGCUGCCGACGCCGGUGCACACGUAUCAGGCGACGUCGUUGUUGACUAGUACCAGCACCACCACCUUUUCGCGCCCGCCGCUUCUGUCGCUCACCGCCAUUGGCGUUACAUCCGCCACGUCGGGGGUUCUUCGGUCUGUGACGCAGACAUCUCCGAGGCGAUCCGCCGCUCUCCAGAGAAUCACCUUGCCACACCAGCCGCAGCAGCAGGUGCGCCCCGCCGUCAUCAUUUCUUCCGCCAGCACGACCGAGUUGCCCCCGUCUCGCACACCGCUAACCGCCGUAACGACCACCUCGCCCGGAAAUACUGGCGACUCGCACAUCAGCGUAUCACAGGCGUCUCGGCUGGAUUCAUCGCGGCGCAGCACCGUCAGGACAGGAACUAUGAGGCACAGCACCUCAUGUGACACGCGUAUGCCGUCCUCGGCCGAUUGCCUGCCGAGCGUCGGCAGCACGCAGCCGCCGCUGUCGGUGCGCACCCCCGACGGUGAUGGAGCACUGCGUUGGCGACUGACCACAAGCAGCCGCACAUCCAGCGCCGGUGCCUCUGACCAACGCGCGCGCAGCGGUCGUGCUCAGAGCACCGAGUCCAUCUCCUACGACUCUACGCCGUCUUUGCUACACGAGGCAUGCACGCCGGCCGCGGCGGUAGCGCACAGCAGUGCACCGGUCCCGUCGUCUCACAGCGGAUCGAAGCCGCCAGCGACGUUCUUCAGCUUGGAGGGGCAGACUGGUACAACCCGGCUGAACGGCAACCAUGUUGGCAGCAGCAGCAACACGGCGGCCACGCCGACCAAUCCCACCACGAUCGUUCCAGCGGUUCCCGCGCCUGCGACGGCAUCGUCGGUGCGCGCCCGUCGCACCUACAACGCUGACAAGCAGCAGACUGAGGCAAGUGGCCCGGCGGCAGUGGAACUCGCCACACCGUCACCCGCCACCAUUGCUGCUGGCAGCGAGCGGAGCGGCAGAGGAUCUUCCGUGCAAGCCGCCACGCGUGUGCGCCGUACGCCAGCUCCAGGACGGCAGUUGAGCGGGGGGGAUCGCAUCAACCUCGCACACCUGCGCGCCUCGCAACCGUUGCACCUUGGCAGUGCUACAUCCACUUCCUUAGAGGUGAGCAGUACGGUGGCACGUGCGCCGCGUGAUCGGCCUGGCACAUUAACACCGCUGGACGGCUGUGUGGGUCACUCACCUUUGCAGGCCACUGGCGCCGCUGGAAGCGGCACCGCUGCUGCGAUGCUGCCUAUGAAGGCGGGUGCUUCGGUGCCUCUCAACACGGCCGCUGUUGCACCCGGGCAAUGA